GGACCCAGAGAUACGGAUCCAAAUCCGAAUCCGCAUCCGAAUCCGAAUCUAAUUCGGAAUCUAUACCCCUUGACGCACAAAGAGCGCCGCCGAAACGGUGGGAAUUAUUAAGAUAAUAAACGGGAGCGCUUUUCAAGUGCCUGCGAAUGGUGCUUUUCGGGCAUAAACUAGUUUCGUGUAAAUAAACGAAGCGCCUGGCAAUCGUUUGAAGUUCUGGCCGGGAUCCGGGUGCCCCGCGUGGAAUGUGUGGCAUUAUCGGAUAAAUGAAGAGCGUGCGCCCGUUCUAGUGACACCUGCCGGUUCCUCCUCCCCAAAAAGCCCAACCCAUAUACGAGUAUAUGAACUGGUGGCCAUUAGCUCAAUCAUCGGCGUUUGGAGGCGGCUCCCUGGUGGUCCUUUAUGCUGCCAUAAUAGUUCCAUUCUUUGUUGACACACAGGGCGGAAAAUGGAAAACUGAAAACUGAGAAGUGAAAGCGAGAGUCAGAGUGCGAAAGUGAAAGUGAAACAAACUGGGCCUGAAAUAAGAUGUCAGCGGCGCUAGUUCAAAAGGCGACGGAAACUCAAAUCGACCAGUCACAGGAAGUGGGCGUGGCACAACUGGCCACGAUAUCGUUGCUAUUGCAAUACGACAUUGACAACACGCUGAAUGCGCUCAAGGAGCAGAAGAAGAUGACGCUGGACACUCGAUUGGGUGGCGAACUGCCCGCCGUGAUCAACAACAAUGCCACGCAGGACAAGGACAUCAACCGAAACACCGAAUCGGAUCGGGAUCAGGAUCAGGAUCAGGAUCAGGAUCAGGAUCAGGAUCAGGAUCUGAGUCUCAAGAGCGGCGCCUUCAUGCCGCCCACUCCGCCGGCCACGCCCAAUCUGCAGAGCACCGCCCAGAAGCGCUGGAAGAUCCUGGCCAAGGUGCUGCGCAAGGACUCCGAGGAGACGGUCUCCUCCUCCAGCGACGAGUUCGCCGAGGAGCAAACGGCCUCCGUGCGGCGCUUCAAGAGCUUCGAUCUGCUGCGGCAGGACAGCUUCGAGGAUCACGUGAGUCUGAAGUGCCUGGGCAAGACGGAGAACUGGUACAAGUACCGCAUGCAGCUGGAGAACGACCUGGAGUACUCCGUGAAUAUCCACCACAUGGAGCGCCAGCUGACCGCCAGUGAUUUGAUGGGCUUCAACAACACGGGAAACAUUUGCGUUUGGCCCUCGGAGGAGGCUCUAACCGCCUUGGUUCUAUCAGAGGUAUCCUCUUAUAGGGGCAAGUGGAUCCUGGAAUUGGGUGGUGGGUUCACCUCCUUGGCGGGAUUAAUGCUGGCCAAGUACGCCACUCCAUAUGCGGUUCACCUCACCGACGGCAACGAGAUCUCCGUGGAGAACGUGAGGAAAACCGUUUGCCUCAACGAGCUGAGUUGCUACACCAAGUGCUCCGUGCUGAAGUGGCAGGAGAAGAGUGCUCGCUCCCAGGCGGAGCAGGCCAAGUUCGACUUCAUCCUGUGCGCCGAUUGCCUCUUCUUCGAUGAGGCUCGAUCCGCCUUGGUGGACACUAUAUGGUAUUAUCUGGCACCCGAGGGAUCCGCCUUGAUUAUGGCUCCUCGACGGGGAAGAACUCUCAGUGUUUUCCAGGACGAAUGCGUGGCCAGGGGAUUCCGGGUGGAGCUGGCCACGCGGUACAAUGAGACCAUCUGGCAGCGGCAUCUCCAGCUGAAAGCGGACUCAGCCCUCUACGACGAGGACCUCCAUUAUCCUCUGCUCCUGCGACUCCGCAAAAUGCACAGCUAGGAGAAUAUAGAGGGGGGAAGAUUAGAAGCAGGGGAAGCCAACUGGCUGCAGUAGGUGCAAUUAAAGUUAGUCAAUGUUUUAGUUGAUAGCAAGCAAAUUCCAGUUUACACCUUAAACAAAAAGCGAGGCCAAAACGGCGGUCUCGACCAACAAAAAGAAAUUCCUCCCACACUGAAGCAAAAAUGUAGCAAGUCAAACCCAUUAGGCUGGUGCUAAAAAUUAUUGUGAAGUGUAUUUCAGAAAUAAUUUAUUGUAAUAAAUAUAUUCGGUUUAUUAGAGAGCAAAGGGGGAAGCAAGCGUAUUACAUAAAUUACAAAAGUUUUAACUCGAAAAGGUGAAAUUUAUAGUAUGCUCAUCGCAGGCAAUUUAAGAUGUAAUGUAUUGAUUGUCGAGAUGUAAAGAUAUACACAGCCAUAUCUAUAAUACUCAAAGUACGUUUUAAUGAAAUAUCCCAGUACAUAUUCACAGGUAAAAGGCACCAGUCUAGUGAUCACCUUUAGCACGUAGUUCACUCUUAAGUUGUGUAACAAAAAAUUCCUUUGAUAUGUAAAUUUGAUUUGCGUUGAUUCCACAAGUUUUGUAACUCUUAUUUUUACAAAUACUCCUCGUUAUGUACAUGCAGUUACCACUAUGUAUGUUACACACCCACAACCCACAACCACACACACACCCACAACCCACACCCACACCAACACAAGUAUUAUUUAAAUAUAAUGUAUACGCUGAAUAGCAUACUUUUGGGCUGCUUUCGUAGAGGCGCAGUGAACACCCUCAAGUGACGGAAAAGCGGAAAAUGGAUUCCCCGAAACCAAACAGAAACACAAAGCAGCAGCGCUCGACCAAUUAAUUAAUAGUUAACUAAACUUAGUGUACUGUAAUUACGUAGAGCAUGUGUUAAUGGUUAUAUGAUGAUGAUGAGAUAAAUACAGUAUCGGAAUGCGACAUA